GAGACGCAUGGGCUGUGGGUUUUGUGUUUAUUGCUAGACAAGGAUCGAUUGACGUAUACAUUGCACUAUAUGUGGCGGCAAUUAUGGUAUACUGAUAUUCUAUUAUACAUGAAGAGCCUGUCCGUUCCUUCAUGUUUGUUUAAAUGUAGUUGUUGCGGAAAGAGGACUUGCUGAAGUAUCUACAUACACACCACUAUCACACAAAGGGCAAGACCACAACUCAAAAGCAGACACUAACACGUGUGUUGUCAUUGCUUGUCUGCAUACCUACGUACGCGUGUUGCAGUCAUGAAAAAUCAAAAGUCUUCUGAUUCCUUAUUCAUAUGUCUGACAUGUACAAUUGCGCACGUCACGUUUGUGAUGACGCACAAGACGCAAAACGACAAGAACUGACGAAUGGAAAUCGGGGAUGCAUAAGUAUAUGACUCAUCUAUUGUUUUUUUUCUGGUUGCUCUCCCUGUUCCUACACUACCAUUGAGGUUUUUCCCUUCAUGUGAUUUAUCUGUCACCAAUGGCAUACCGUCAAGCCAGCUAUUUUAUUAUAUGUUUCUGUUUGGCUGCUGCCCUGCAAGUCACAGGUUUUGCAACGAGAAAUUCGGUAUUUAACUGCACAAAACAAGAUGACGACAGAACAUGCUGCACGAACACAGACCGAAACGUCACUUACCAAAGUUUCUGUUUUUGCAGAUCCGAAGACUUUCAACACUUUGAGCAAAACAAUUCAAGCGAUCCGAAAAUCAGGUUUAACUGUCCAGAUUGUACCUGUACUUCCACUGGCUUAUGUUUCAAAGCAGAAUGUGAUGGGGAAGAAGAAGCACAAUGUAAUGGCUAUAGCAACUUCACAUGCUCACUGACCAAUCCUUUCUUUCACACAACACCUUCUACAAAUCUUCUUACCAAUCCUAUUAUUGUUAAAACAAACCAGACCGGCUGCCCCGAGAUAAAAUAUGGAAAUAACAUCAGCUUGUCUUCAAUUCUGAACCAUGCACUGUGUACCAAUCUGACGACUCAAAAAUCUGAAAUUAUUUUCAAACAAACUGAAGAAUUUCUAAAAUCCUCAAGGAUUGAUGCGGAAACUGUUGUUAAAGUAAUCAACUUUAUGAGGCUGGUUGCAAAACUAGCUGAGGAGAAUCUUGUUCAGGUGUCUCUGCCAAUUUUGCGUUCUGUGGCCAAUAUUACAUCACAACUAGCUACCUACAACUUACAGAAUUCAAGUGACAAUGCCAACCCAUUGUCACCAGAUCGAUCACGUUUCUUGAAGAAUAGUAUCAUAAAGUCAUUAUCGUCACUAACUUCUUUGGUGGCUGUAAAUAAAAGCAACAUAUUUGUUUCAACAGACUUCUUAACCAUCCAGGUACAUAAUGAAGACGGCUCAAACAUUACAUCCCUAUAUCAACCUUCUGGUCUUGAUGUCACCAUCCCAACCAGUGUUGCACCUUACUCAUUUAUUCCAACCAAAAACCUAACUGGAAACACUGGUGUGCAGAACACAAGAAGAGCAAGUUUUAUAAGUUACAGCAACUUUACACUGUUUGACACAGAUAACCACUGGAAUAUGGCAUGGAUUCUUUCAAUUCAAAUUGGAUUGGGAGCUUCUGUAGAGAAUCUAGUGGAGCCAAUACGAAUCGGAUUUACAAAUUUCUCAUAUACCAGAAUUUCAUUGUUUAACUCACAAAAGCGGGCGUUGGAAACUCAAUUAAAAUGUGUCUUCUGGGAUUUCAACACAAGUAGCUGGUCAGAUAAAGGUUGUUGUCUUAAUCUAUCUGCAGGUCUGUCUCAUUGCCAAUGCAACCAUCUUACUAAUUUUGGAUUGUUAGUGAAAUCAACCCCUGUAGCUGGUGAUGUGGCGGUUUCUAUAAUCAGUAAUGUGGGGUGUGGUCUUUCUGUCAUUGGUCUCAUCAUCACUGUAGUAGUGCAUUCUAUUGGCAGGGAGUUAAAGAAAAGGCGCCCUGCUAGGAUACUGUGUCACAUUUGUUCCAAUCUCGCAAUCUCAUUAAUUCUUGUUGCUGUUGGAAUUCCACAAACCCAAGUGGUGAUCUUGUGCUCCAUCAUUGCAGUGAUACUUCACUACUUCAUGUUGGUCACAUGGUGUUGGAUGACGGUUUACACAUACGACAUGUACAUGUCACUGGUUCAAGUUUUCAGUCAGCGAGGCAAAAGCUUCAUGAUUCGUGCUGCUUGUUAUGCUUACAUAAUUCCCGCUGUCAUAGUUGCUGUGUCUGCUGGUCUAAGUUUUGGAUAUUUCGACAUAAAGAGGACGAAUCAUUUAUGCUCUGGUGAUGAUCCAAUAUAUGAGAGCUCUUAUCGAGCAAAAAACAUGUGCUGGCUGCAUGGACCUGUUUUAAAUUAUGCUUUCCUGUUGCCUCUUGGUUUGAUGUUGCUGUUUAAUCUUAUUGUCUUUUUUGUUGUGCUGAGAGAGCUAACAUGGAAGCAAAUGAAGGUUGUGUCAAGCCAGAAAAGAACUGUGAAACAAAUGUUAACAAUUGCUGUCACCAUGUCAACAAUACUUGGAAUUUCAUGGGUGUUUGGAUACUUUAUGUUGCUUUCUAAUGAUCCAGUUUAUGUGUCUGUUUUUACCUGGCUCUUUGCAGUGACCACUACUUUGCAGGGUUUUGGAAUUUUCCUUUUAACUUCAGUAAGGCAUACAGAGGCACGGGAUGUGUGGCUUAAACCAAUAAUGGAGUUCAUAUCAAGGUCACAUGACAUUGUUGUAUCGCAAGGAACACGCCGAGGGACACGUACCACAUUAGUGCCACCCACCAGACUAAAAUCUGGCCAAAGUCAAUCUCAAGAUACAACACGAUUUUAGUUUUGGCCAGUUGUUAAAAUUAUGAAAGAUUCACACCGUUUUAUUGUAGCUGUGCAACUGAACUAUAUAAAUUAUUACAUAGUCAGUAAUGAAUUGUCCAGUUUGCUUAAGGGUUGUAAUAAUAGCCACUGGUUUUUCUGUUAUAUUUUUAAAUCGCGUGAUCAAUGUGCAAACCAGAUUCUUCGUUUUUUCUUUAUAAGCACCGCUGCUUAGAAUAAAACAAAAACACGACUAGUCAAAAAA